UGGGGGCAGGCACAUCAGUUGGAGCUCAAUUGUUGAUCUGAUCACAUCCAACGGACUUGCAGCGAAAGAGAGAAGCUGAGAUUUAAAGAAGAGCAGAAGAGCCAUUCCUACCAACUGCUUCUGUGCUUCCGGAGCACUUGCCCCUUUACUUCUCUAUUCGUUCUCCGCCGUGUUUUGGCAAACGACUCUGCUGAGAUGUCUUUCCCCCAGUUGGGUUACCCUCAGUACUUAAGUGCCUCCCAAGCGGUUUACGGUGGGGAUCGGCCGGGGGUCCUAACUCCGUCUUCCCGUGGAGGGAGCUCUGAGAUUGGGGGAAACCCGUCUGCUGCUGCCGCUGCAGUCAGCUCGGUGUUGGGCAUGUACGCAAACCCCUACGCUGCACACAACUACAGCGCAUUCCUGCCUUACACCAGCGCGGACCUAGCUCUAUUCUCUCAAAUGGGGUCCCAGUACGAACUGAAGGAUAGUCCUGGAGUCCACCCCGGCAGCUUCGCUGCACACACCUCGCCAGCAUUCUACCCAUACGGCCAGUUUCAGUACGGGGACCCGGCCAGGCCCAAGAAUGCCACUCGGGAGAGCACCAGUACCCUGAAGGCCUGGCUCAACGAACACAGGAAGAAUCCGUACCCCACCAAAGGAGAGAAGAUCAUGUUGGCCAUCAUUACUAAGAUGACCCUGACGCAGGUGUCCACCUGGUUCGCCAACGCCAGGAGGAGGCUGAAGAAGGAGAACAAGGUUACAUGGGGGAACAGGAGUAAAGAGGACGAGGACGGAAACCUCUUUGGCUCGGACAACGAGGGAGACGCAGAGAAGAACGAGGAUGAAGAGGAGAUAGACCUCGAGAGCAUCGAUAUAGACAAGAUAGACGACAAUGAUGGAGAUCAGAGCAACGAGGACGACGACGAUAAACCAGAGGGCAGAGAGCGAGACCGAGAACUGGACAAUCUAGAGAAACGCCGGGCAUUUGCUUUGCAGCAUGAGGCCUUCGAUAAAUCUAAGAACUCUAUUUCCUCCGGAAAAGAACCAGCUGAUAGCAACAACAACACCAGAGUGCUAUCACCGGACAGACAGGGGAGUUUUCAGCUCCCAGUUAGCAAUAAGCCUAAGAUUUGGUCGUUAGCUGAGACGGCUACCAGUCCUGAUAGUAUUUCUGUGAAGCCGACCUCCCCCUCCGGCCCUGCUGGCCAUACACCGUCCCAGAUGCAGCACCCGGCCUUCCUGCCCUCCCACGGACUAUACACUUGUCAGAUAGGCAAGUUCCAUAACUGGACCAACGGAGCGUUCCUAGGACAGAACUCUCUGCUCAAUGUCCGGUCGUUUUUAGGAGUUAAUCAGCACCAUCCUAACCACCACUUACACACCCAACAGCAGCAGCAGGCCUCGGUGUUGGUGUUGCCUGGAGCGACGCUUAACAACGACAAGGCCUCGCCACCACUUAGCCCGAAACACAUAGACCGUGAAAACGUAAGAAGUGAUUCUCCUCCAACGCAAACCCUCAAGUCUUCAUUCAGACCCCUUCAUAACGGCCCCAGGACUCAGCAAGAAGCCACGCAGCGGGUUCUAACUGCCCUCUCCUCCGCUUGAUCAAGACAGUCUGCCCUUCAAAAAAGACUUUACGCACUCAGAAAAGGACAAUGAGAAAUAACUUAAUUCACCGUAGCAUUCAGAGAAAAUGGCGUAAUUUGAUAAACUCUUGUGGCUGGAUUUCCUCUAUUGUUGUAAAUAAUGGCGCCUGUUAUCCCUGCUCUUUACCCUGGGACGUUUGGUAGGCUUUUCCUUUGGUCUUUGGUUUGUGUCGGUGUCUUCUGUUCUGUAUGCCUACAUACAGUGAUUUACAUUUGUAAAUAGCGCGUUGACGGAAUUUGUCCAGAUCGUAUAUUUUGUCUAAUAAACUAAAUGAAAUUA